AUGAAUCGUUCUGCUGUUGCGUCACCUGUCGCCAUCAAGGAGGGCGACUUAGAGAAACGCAGCGAUAGCUUUCUUCAACUGUGGAAGAAGCGGCGGUGUGUGUUGACCGCAGAAGGUUUGCAUUUGUAUACGGACCCACGGAAAAGAGGCAAGGCCAAAAUCUUGCGUUUUGACUCCUUGGCCAAAUUGGAGUGCGUGGAGAGGAAAGGGGAGCGAGUGUACUUUACCCUAGUCACGAUGGACGGGCAGGAGAUAGACUUCCGCUGCUGGGAACGCAGUCGGUGGAACGCAGAGAUCACGCUAGCCUUGGUGGGUUUCCAGAACAGAAAAGCUGUACAAGAACUCAGAGCACGAAAAGAACACCAGGCCAGAGAUGCAGGGGAACGCUUAAGAAGCUGGGGUCCAUGA